CACCCUGAAAGGAAGAGCAGCCAAUCACCGAUACUCAUGAGCAUGACAGAACUCUGUAUUACUGGAGCUGUUAAUAGCACUGAAACACCUGAAAGACAUCUGUGUAAACGAGGACAUAAAUGGAAGACUGGGCUGGAAUCCAGAGCAGCAGCAUCAUGGAGAGGAUCCUGCUGUGUGUCUGCUGCUUCUCAGGCUGGUUUGUCUCCACAUGCUGUCCCCGUCAGUACCACUAUGUUGAUGAUACAAAGACUUGGACUGAAGCUCAGAGCUACUGCCAACAGAAUCAAACAGACUUGGCCUCCAUCGAGAACACUGAAGAAAUGAAGCAGCUGAACAGCACAGUUUCAUCUGCCGCUCACAGCUCUGAGCUCUGGAUCGGUCUGUACAGUCAGAUCAGGUGGAGGUGGUCAGAUGGGCUCACAGGGAGUGGAGCUGACUACAGGAACUGGGACACUUCUGAAUAUGAACCAGAUUUUUACUCUGGGGUUCAGUUCUGUGUGUCCUCUUUAAAAGGAAAAUGGUGGGAUUUUCAGUGCAGAGAGAAGCUCCAGUUUAUUUGCUACAGAGGAUCUCAGAUGAACCCUGAGUUUGAUUUGGUGGAUAAAGAAAUGAGUUGGUCCGAUGCUCGAAGGUACUGCAGGGAGAACUUCUUGGACCUGGCCACUGUCAAGAACCCCGGAGAGAACCAACAAGUCCAUGAAAAGGCUCAGAGUAAAAGGGUGUGGAUUGGCCUGCACAGAGAGCCACACAUUUACUGGUCUGAUGGCACAAAGUACUCAUUCUCAAACUGGGCCAGUGGGAUGAACCCGUUUAGGGGUAUGAGUAAGAUCUGUGCAGCUCUGACUCGUUCAGGAGAAUGGAAGACUUUGUCCUGUGAAACAAGAUUACCAUUUGUCUGCUACAGCCUCCCUACACCUGUAAAGAGGCAGGUAGUGAAGCUCACAGUACAUGUGGAGGACCCUCCUGUGGAUCUGAAUGACUCUGCUGUGAAAGCAGAACUGCUGACAAGGGUGAAGGAGCAGCUGAAGAAGAAAGGAGUGGGUGGAGUCAGUGUGAGGUGGAGAGUGCAGCCGUAUGGGAAGCUCUUGGCUGGAGAUGGAAGAAGAAAGAAGACUCUGAGAGAAAAAGAAAAAUGUUUCAAAAGCUUUUCUGCUUGAAUCAUGUGACAGCCAAUUAAACUUUAUUAUCCACACGUCAUUCUCCCAGCUGUGUCUGAGCACAGAUGUGGGCUAACAUCUGUUUUUAGGCUCUUCUGUCACAGUGUUUGUGGGCGUGGCCUCUUCUUUGGCUUUCAUAGAGAUAAAU